CCGGGCCACAUAGGAAAACGAUUAACAGCUGGCUUAAAAGGGAGAAUUUUUUUUCCAUAUUUAAAGUGAAACUACACGCUUAUUCGGUUAAGAGAGACCCAGAAGACUUUGGAGAAUCACCAUGGCUUACGUUGAACGAGGCGUUGUGAAAUCAAAGCGAUCGAUAUGGAGGCUCAAGACAGUAACUGAUUUUUUCUGGUCCAUUGUAAACUUCAUAGGCGUGUUCUUCUCAACCAUGUUUUCGAUGGAAAAGUCGGAUGCCUACAGAAAAGGCUCUGCUUCUGGAAAAAAAUGGGAUGGUGGUGGUCCUGGAGGUCCUGGGGGAGGACCAUAUGGUGGUGGUGGUGGUCCACGCGGGCCUCGAGGUGGGCUUGACAAUGUUCGUGGAUUGGAUAGUGUUCGAGGGCCUGACCAUAGUUCUUUACCUGCCUGUGGCUCCUGCUGCGGCUGAGCAUGGACUAUGCGGAAGUGCUUGAAGAGAAUGCAUUGCUGUUUCGAAUGUUAAUUUCUGCACAAUAUUACGAUUGUAAUUAACUUGUGAACAUAUCUUCCAACAAGAGGACAUAGACGAGAGCAAACUGACUUAAGUAAACUAAUAACGUUUAAUGAGUCAUGUAUUAAGCGUUGGGUGGCUUUUUCAGGAGUAAAUAUAUUACUUUAACAAAAUUAAGUCUUGGUAGAACA